AUGCGACGUAGUGCCGUGUCCUACGCCGCGACGGACCACGCGACCAGGGCGCUGACCCUCCCUCUGCUGCUCGACACCAUUCGCCGCGACCCGGGCAUGACGGCAGCCUACUACGCCAACCGCUACUUUGGCAAGGAGCGUCAGAUGGAGGUGACGCGGGUGCUGUGGGCCGAGCUGAAGCUCUACGGGCAGGUGACCAUUGACCGCAUCGAUGGACCAGAGGCGCCGCCGCGCUGGUAUCCGGUCUUCUCCAUGCCGCGCAGGAUUCACAAGAUUCGGCGACACUGCGCCGAAGAGGAGGACCUCAGUGUGCUGCAGCAAUGCACCGUCGCGGACACCGGUGAGCCGCCUCUGACGCAGGAGGCAGCCGCCUCCAUGGCGACCUCUGUAGAAAGUAGCAUUAUUGCUCUUGUUCAGCAAUUUCCAGGGCACGACAUCCAGUUUUACAUCGGUGAACUUUCUGCGGUGAUGCAACCGCAUGCCCCGAUGGCGUUCAGACGACUGCGGGAAGCGGGGGUGCUAAUUAGGGAGCAGACGCCACAAGGCACAUUUGCCUGGAGAUGA